CGACGCCACUGGCUGCCAGUGCUGACACGUGUGGCUCUGACACUGUACAGGAGUGAGGAGUGUCAUCAGGGGCGGACUGACAACUCAUGGGGCCCGCGGGCAAUAGGGGAUCAUGGGGCCCCUGUGUCCUUGCCCAAACUCAAAAAAGCAUAUGAAAAAGGUACCAGGGGCAUCUCAUGGGGCCCCCUACUGACCCCAGGCCCUCGGGCAGUGCCCGAGUUUCCAAAUGGUCAGUCCACUUCUGGGUGUCAU